CCCAAACUGCGGGGGGGGGGCUGGGGGGGAGAGGGAGGGCUGCGGGCAGGGGCUAUGUCAUGCACUGAGUACAUGGGGUCUCAGCAGUGCGACGAGCGCGCCGGGUCUCAGCCCCACACCUGCGUCCGUCGCUGUCUGCACCCCCCCGGGGGGGACAGCAGUGUCUGUCUGUCUGUCCGUCCCCGCCCCCCCCCCCCCAGUCUGUCCCACGUCCCCAGCCUCUCCGCGUGUUGUCCCCUCAGGGGUGAGCUGAGCGUGUCCGUUCUCAGCAGGCUGCCCGAGGCCAGGGUGAUGGGCACCCAAAGUGGGGGGGGGUGUUUCCUUCCACCCUCACCCCCCCCCCCCUCCACACACACUCUCACGAGCGGGAGGUCCCCGGGGAGGUGACGGGACAAGCCACCCCCCCUGCUCCCCCCCCCGGGCGUGGGGAGGUGACGGGGCGGAGGACGCGCACCCAAGGCGCCCGCACCCACACGCCUCUGACGCUCGUGGCACCCACACCCGCACCCACCCGGCGGGGGGUAGGGGGCCUGGGGACCCCCCCCCGGCCACCAUGAAGCGGAUGUUCUCCUGCUCCAGCUCGCAGGUGGCGGUCGAGAGCUGGAACAAGCAGGACCAGAAGCUUUUGGAAGCGGUGGAGAAGGGUGACGUGGGCAGGGUGGCCGCCCUCGCCUCCCGCAAAACCGCCCGGCCCGCCAAGCUCAACGCCGUGGGGCAGUCCGCCUUCCACCUGGCUGCGUCCAAGGGUCUCACCGAGUGCCUGAGGCUGCUGCUGGCCCACGGGGCCCCCAUUAAUGAGAAGAACGAUGACGGCAGCACCGCUCUGCAUCUGGCCACCAUCUCCUGCCAGCCCCAGUGCGUCAAGGUCCUGCUGCAGCACGGUGCCAACGAGAACCACGUGGACGGGCAGAACCGAACCCCCCUGCACUGGGCUGCCUCCUCGGGCUGUGCCUCCAGCGUGCUGCUGCUCUGCGACCACGAGGCCCUCCUGGAUGUCACCGAUGUGCACGGGCAGACCCCCCUGAUGCUGGCGGCGCGGGGGAACCACGCUGCCGUCUGUGCCCAGCUCCUGCAGCGAGGGGCCACCCCCAACCUGGCUGACAAGGACAAGAGGACCGCCCUGACGCUGGCCUGCGAGCACGGCAGCCUGGAGUCGGCCGAGCUGCUGCUGCGCCACGGGGCAGCCGUGGGGGACGAGGACCCCUGGCACCGCGGCACCCGCGGCGGGGGGGGAGAGAACGGCACCGGCUGUGCCGGGGACCCUGAGCCGCAGGUGGGAAGCCAGGGAGAGGGGACCCCGGGCAGCGACAGCGAGGAGGAGGAGGAGGAGGAGGAGGAGGAGGAGGAGGAGGAGGAGGGGGAUGGAGAGCAGCAGGCCGGGGGCGAUGCCCGGCGGGUGCGGCGGCUGCAGGAGCGGCUGGCGAGGAAGACGCAGGAAUGCGAGCGGCUGGCGGCCGCCGCCGCCGGCAUCCGGCAGCGGGUGCGGGAGCUGGCGCGGCUCCUGCCCGCGCGCGGAGCCGGGGACGGGACGGAGGAUGAGGACGGCGCCUGCCUGGCCCUCCUGGCCCAGCACGUGGGGGAGCUGAGGAAGAGGAUGAUGGCCGAGGAAGAGGACAGAGGAGACCAGCUCAACGGCGAUGCCGCGGCACCGGAGCUGGCCCCGUUCCUGGCCUGGCUGGGGGACGAGUGUGCCAAAAUGCGGGCGGCGAAGGCGAGCGCCUUCACCCGCAGCAAGGGGCUGCGGAGGGAGGUGGAGGAAGCUCUGCGGAGCAAACUGCACUACGAGGUGGUGUCGGCCGACGCCGUCCGGAGGAGCUUGGCCGCCUGGGAGAAGCUGGCGGUGGGGCUGGAGCAGACGCUGAGCCGCGCCGACGAGACCCACGCCAAGAUGCUCGGAGGAUCCCGUGCCCUCUUGGCGAAACUCCGGCGGGCGCCGGGGCGGCCGCUCGCCGGGGCGGCACCUUGCCGGUGCUCGGUGAACGGCACGGAGCCGGCUCAGGGUGGGAAAAGCCGAGAGGAGCCGCCGAAGGAGGGUGGGAGUUUGGAGAGGGAGGUGCUGGAGCUGAAGGAGAACAACGGGUCGCUCCUGGGGGAGCUGGCCCGGCUGGGGCGCGAGCGGGAGCGGCUGCAGGAGGAGCUGCGGGCGCUGCGGGAACGGGAGCCCGGCGCCGAACCGGUGACGGAAAGUUCCGGAACGGCCGCCCUGGCCCAGGCGCUGGCGGCCGAGCGGGAGGAGGCGGCGAGGCUGCGGCGGAGGCUGGCGGGGCAGCGGCGGGAGCUGGCGGCGCUGCGGGACGGGGUGGGCGAGCGGGCGCGGGAGGCGGCUGGCGACGCCGGCGCCGACGUCCUGCGGGAGCUGCAGCGCAAGCUGGACGGGCUGGUGAGGUCCCAGCACGAGGCCUUGCAGCUCGUUGCGGAGAUGGAGGGCGACGGUACCCGCCGGGACGCCGGGGCUGGGCUGGCGGGCGAGCUGGAGGAUGCGCUGGGCGAACUGGCGGAGGAGCUGGGGCCGGGGCCGGGUCCCGGCGUGGGGCGGGCGCUGGAGCGGGUCGCCGGCGUCGCCGCGGAGCUGCGCGGCCGGGAGCUGCCCGGGGAGCGGCCGGGGGCCGAGGCCGGGCGCUGGCGGGCGGCGGCGGCCGAGGAGAAGCGGGAGAAGGAGGCGGCGGUGGCCCGGGCGGCCGAGCGGGAGCGGGAGGCGUGGGAGCUGCGGGAGAAGGCGGCCGGGCUGGAGCAGAGCGUGGGCGACCUGCGGGCCCGGGCGGGCGAGCUGGCCAGGGCCUGCCGGGACAAGGAGGGGAAGAUGAAGAAGCUGCUGGCGGAGACGGAGAAGCUGUCGGCGGAGGUGCUGGGGCUGCGCAGCCAGAGCGCCCGGCUCCAGCUCCAGCUCGAGGUCCAGCAGAAAAACCACCGGGACGUCGUAGCCGUCUACAGGACCCACCUGCUCAACGCUGCCCAGGGGUUCAUGGACGAGGGGGUGCACGCCAUGCUGCUGCGGAUCCUGCGGACGGAGGAGUGAGGGGCAGGAUUGGUGCCGGUCCCGUUCCCCCCCCCCCCCAAAAAGCCAUUAAACUGGAAAUGCUG